GAAGCAGUCGGAGUUGUACAGUAGUGGAAUGUGAGUGUGGGGAGGUGAGGCAGGAGUAGUGUAGUGAUUAAUGCAUACGAUACACACAGAGAGAAAGACGGAGAUGGAGAAACGCUACUUCAGUAUAGCUGAGGUGCAGCAGCAUACGACAAUAGAUUCCUGCUGGAUCGUCCACGACCGGCGGGUGUACGACGUGUCAACGUUCAUCCAGCGCCACCCGGGCGGCGAGCAGAUGAUUGUCCAGCGGGCGGGCAGGGACGUGAGCCGGGACAUGGCAGGACCGCCACACCGACACAGCUCCAACGCGCAGCGCUGGCUGCAGCAGUACUACAUUGGGGAACUGAGGCAGGACGGCGACCAGGAGGAGGAGGAGGAGGAGGAGGAAUUUGCCCAGAAAAAACAAGCUGUUCGGGAACGAAGUAGAGCCAAUCGGGAAUCAAAUUCGGUGAUGGAUGCCAGAUGCAAGUCAGUGGAUCCAGAUAAUGAUUUGGUAGACUGGAAUAAACCACUGCUGUGGCAAGUUGGGCAUUUGCGUGAGAAUUAUGAUGAAUGGGUACAUCAACCAGUAGAUCGACCCAUCCGCCUCUUUUAUUCUGAUUUUGUAGAAGCCUGCUCAAAAACAGCCUGGUAUAUUGUACCAUUGGUUUGGACUCCUAUUGUGAUUUUCUUUAGUUGGUACAGCUACACUGAGCUAGCCCAAGGCAACACUCGACUUUUCGCAUCCAUUGCAACAGAAUACUUCAUUCCCGUCCACAAGUACUGCUUCCCCUUUUUAUUCUUACUCGGAAUGUUUCUCUGGUCCCUGGUUGAGUAUCUGAUCCAUCGAUACCUUUUCCAUAUGAAACCGCCAGCCAGCAAUUACUAUCUCAUCACUCUUCACUUCAUGCUUCAUGGGCAGCACCACAAGUCUCCAUUUGAUGGUUCACGUUUGGUCUUCCCGCCUGUUCCAGCAUCACUCGUUGUAGUGUUAUUUUUUGCUGCUUUCCACUUGCUUGCUCCAGGAGCAGUUGGCAUGUCUAUCUUUGUUGGAGGUCUAUGUGGCUAUGUUGUCUAUGAUAUGAUACAUUAUUAUCUACAUUAUGGAUCACCAAAGAAGGGCAGCUACCUCUAUGGACUUAAAGCAUACCAUGUUAAACAUCAUUUUGAACACCAAAGAUUAGGAUUUGGGAUUACUAGCCGGUUUUGGGACUACCCAUUCCAUACUGUAAUUCCAGAAGAAACAUUCGAGAAGAAUCACUGAUGUCUACAAUUGGUCUCCAAAUCCACACUGAUAAUGCCUUGUCAAUCAGCCAGCCACUUGAGCAUCUCCUAUCCAGAUAUACUCCUACAUAUGGCCAGGCCCAAGUCUACAUGUAGGAUUCCUUCUACACUUGGAGAAGGCGAAAGAGCUUCUCUGCUUUCUGAAUUGUCCAAAUAUAGUAUCCCAAUGUUUUCUAACAAAAGUGCCUGAUCUCUGGGAGCUGUUGCCUGUUGAUCAAUAUUUAUUAAUUGUUAAGUGUAUAUUUUUUUGGAUCUUGAUAUCUAUAAAUCUUAUCAAAGCGGUUGUGUAUUGUAGGAAGUAUUAACACUAAAGUUUGGGUUUUUGAAUUUUAUGCAGUUUUUGGUUAUUAAGAAAGAAUAUUUGGGGGAAAAAAAGGGAAAUAAAGCUGCACAAUUUAACUUAUCAUUCAGGUUUUACUUGUAUUGUUAAUUUCCAUGUUAGCAGAUGUGAGGAACAAUGAAACCCUCAUUCCAAAGUUUUUAGCUUUCUUUUCUUUAUAACUUACCACUUUAAUUUCAGGCAAAUAUCUGUACUUUCAGAUCCAAUUAAAGCUUUGUCUUCACAAAAAUCUUUCCUUUAAUGUAGGGUAUAGUUUGGUAUUUUUUAAUGUUAAGUAUCCUGCUAUUCCGUUCCAAGUAAUGUGGUUUCCAAACUGGCUGCUGUUCCGUAAAACCUUGGAAGUUCAGGUUAUAAUGUGACAUUGCUUUACAUACUUCCAACUAGGUUCUAGUCAAAUCCCUCCAGCACCUAAACUGCAUCUGCCAAUCAUUCUGCAUUUAAUUCUCAUCUUUAAAUAUCAGACACUUGUGUACCCCAUCAUGCUUUUUGAAAGGGCAACUGCUUUAUAUUCACCAGUGUUUAAUAUAAAUAUGGGCUGUAAUGAGAACUUGCCCCUUUCUCCACCUUUUAAGGAAAUUAAAAAUGCAUUGGUACAAAACCUUAAACAAACUGGAAUGAAACUUUUUGAGGAGCUGGUAUUGUGAUUUUUGAUUCUGCUUGUCUUGUGGGUAAGGGGUUUGUGUUGCACUAUUAUAAAGUUGGUGGUCUUACCUGUCAAUUCACAGAACAAUGUAGGCAGUUGGAAGUUCAUAACCAGCCGAAGAAAACAUGGAACGUUUUUAGCAAUGAAGGUUGGAGGGAAAAUGGAGGUUAUGGGUGCUGGAAGCAAUAUCUGUUUAGUAUCUAGUCUGUUACUAUCAUGUACUAAAAGAAUUUUAGAUUCUUGGUGCGGGAUGUUGUUGGACAGACCCCCACCCCCAAACCGAUCCCAGCCCCAAACUCUGGCUUUAAUGAAGCUUGUUCCUCUUAACGUUAGAAACUUGUAUGCUUUGGGUACUGACUAUAUUAUGAAUAUAACCUUGGGCUGACUAGUUCCACUACUUUCUGGGACAGUAUGCUGGCUUAACUAUGCAGUUAAAGAAAUUUCAUUUUUACUGUUUUGAAACAUUUGUGAAUGCUUAAGAGAGUCUAUAUAAGCUGAAAUGUAAUUUGUAAAUAAAGGUCUGUAUAUUUUGAAAGCAGUUUUUUUUGUCCAAAUUCUCUUCCCAAGCAAUAUGUUUGUUUUUAAUUCCUUCUGACUAGCAUUCUAAUAAUGCCACAGUUCUUUUUGACCUAAUUCCAGAAUCAGAAAUGCUGUAACUGUUUUCAAGCCUUACCCAGCUGUGAAUAAACCCUGGUCAAUCAUCACAAUUGCUGGGAUAUGCCUGUCGAUCAAAAUGCAUUGUGUGUGUGUGUGUGUGUGUGUGUGUGUGUGUGUGUGUGCAUAUACACACACACACACCAAAGCUUUGAAGUAUAUAAGGCAUUAAUUUUAUACUGCACCUAUACAUCAAUUUAUUGUGUACAUUUUUGUGCACCAGUGGUUUUUAGUUUAGAAACUAAGUUCUUUGAGUUAAUUCUUAGAACCAUUGGCACAUUUAAAUAAUUAAAAAAACCUAAAUGAUCUGUUCAAACUCUAAUCAGGCUGUUAGGUAUGGCAGCUAUCUAAUUUACUUUGCAAAAUAAGUGUCAGCUAUGGUGGACCAGUGCCUGCUGUUAAUUGCUUGCUGUAACAUUAAGCUGUAGUUUGAUUACCAUCACUGACAAAGCUAAAAUAUGAAACACAAAUUAAUUGCCAGAUUCCUUGAAGGAAAAAUUAAACUGAAGGAUUAGCAAUCUAAAACCAAUCAAUCCAUCUCUCUUCCUGUUACGUAAUGCUCUUAUCGCAAUUCUGAUCUUGGGAAUAAAAUUGUUCCUCACAUGUAGAUUGUCAUGUAAAACAGAAUCUAAAAUGUAGAGGUGCAAUUGGGCAUUACUGAAAUGUGUACUAGACCUGGUGUGUUGUGGAUAUAUGUGAGCUUUUACAAGCAAUUAUGAACUCGGUAACCGAGGGAUGUGGUAAAACUGUCUCACUCAAAUGCUACUGUUGGGGUUCUGUGAAACUACGUUAAAAUUGCAGAGUGGAAUGUACCCCAUGUAUAGCAUUGCUCCAGCAAAUCCAAAUGUAGAAUCCUGUGAAAUGUUAAUGAAUUUAUAUCUGCAGCAUUGUAUCAAAUUGCUUUUUAUGAUUGACUUGAGUGUUAAUAAAUUUCUAGUUUACAAAAUGAGCUAAA